CAUCCUAUUGAUCACAGUGAGACCCUAGCAAUCUCCUCAGCUCUUGCAUCAUUUGCUCCUGCCAUAAAACAGUGGGUUUAAUGCGCAUGCGCCAUUGGCUUUGUGCGUCGUCGCGCCCUCUCCAUUGGCUAACCGCGCCCCCCCCCCCUGCGCUCAGCCUUCACAGCCGACCACUCCGUCUGUGAGCACUCGACCCACGCUGCGUGGAACCGCUCGGGGAAAAAAAGAUGGAGAAAAAGAGCGAGAUCAACGGGCACGCCAUGCCCAGCUCCGCGUCCACCGCCCGGAUGCUGGAGAACAGCGAGGAGCCAGUUGAGGAGGACCAGCAGCAGCAGCAGCAGGAGGAGGAGAAGAAGAAGAAGAAGAAGCGGGGCUUCAAGGAGAGGUUGACGCGGUUCCUGAGCAGAAACCUGCUGGUGAUCCUCACCGUGUCCGGCGUCCUGGUGGGCGUCGGGCUCGGCAUGCUGGUCCGCGGCAUGAACCUGAGCAAAGCGCAGAUGAGCCACUUCGCCUUCCCCGGAGAGAUGCUGCUGCGGAUGCUGAAGAUGAUCAUCCUGCCGCUGGUGGUCUGCAGCCUGGUGUCCGGCGCCGCCAGCCUGGACACCCGCUCCCUGGGCAAGCUGGGCGGCAUCGCGGUCGCCUACUUCCUAGUGACCACGCUGAUCGCCUCCGGGAUCGGGGUAGCGCUGGCCUUCAUCAUCAAACCGGGGGUGGGCGCCGGAGCCCUGAACACCAACAGCCUGGGUCUGGAGAGCGUCAGCAGCAACAAGGAGACCACCGACUCCUUCCUGGAUCUGGCCAGGAAUUUGUUUCCAUCGAACCUGGUGGCAGCUGCUUUCCGUUCUUAUGCCACAGACUACAAAAUGGUCGCUGUGGGAAACGACACCAAUGGAACAAUCCUGUAUCAAAAGGUGCCGAUUGGAACUGAAGCCGAUGGCAUGAACAUCCUUGGUCUGGUGCUGUUUGCAAUGAUGUUUGGCGUUGCGCUUCGGAUACUUGGAGAGGAAGGAGAGGAACUCAUUCGCUUCUUCAACGCCUUCAACGAAGCCACCAUGGUGCUGGUGUCCUGGAUCAUGUGGUAUAUUCCCUUCGGCAUCAUGUUUCUUGUGGGGAGUAAGAUCGUAGAAAUGGAAGAUGUGGUUCUUCUGGUCACAAGCUUGGGGAAAUACAUUUUCGCUUCAAUCCUGGGCCACAUCAUCCAUGGAGGCAUCGUUCUUCCCCUCAUCUACUUUGCCUUCACCCGAAAGAACCCCUUCAGCUUCCUUUCGGGCCUCAUCACACCCUUCACCACCGCCUUCGCCACCUGCUCCAGUUCGGCAACUCUUCCUUCAAUGAUUAAGUGUGUGGAAGAAAACAACGGUGUGGACAAGCGCAUUAGCCGCUUCAUCCUGCCCAUUGGAGCGACGGUGAACAUGGAUGGAGCAGCCAUUUUCCAGUGCAUUGCCGCCGUCUUCAUCGCACAACUCAACAACACUGAACUGAACGCUGGACAGAUCUUCACCAUUUUGGUAACGGCCACAGCCUCCAGCGUUGGCGCCGCAGGCAUCCCGGCUGGUGGCAUCAUCACCAUCGCCAUCAUCCUGGAGGCCAUCGGCCUGCCGACCAACGAUCUGUCCCUCAUGCUGGCCGUUGACUGGAUUGUGGAUCGUACCACCACCGUGGUGAACGUGGAGGGCGACGCUCUGGGUGCAGGAAUCCUCCACCACAUCAACCAGCUGGAAAUGAAAAAGCACCAACAGGAAGUGGCGGAGGAGCUGGAAGAGGUCAAGGUUGAAUCUGUGGCAAACGUUCAGGCGGAGGAGGAGACGUCGCCGCUCGUCAUGCGCCAAACCAAAAUCCUGGAGGGAAUGCCCGAAGCCAUCGAGUCUGUCCUGUGAACCCAGGCAGACUUCUGUCUGACCGUCUGACCUGAGAUUUGUGAUGUUGCUGCUGAUCGGGCAUCAGUGCGACCCGAUGUCCUUUAAAAAAACAAACAAAAACAAAACAAACAAAAAAAAACAAGAAGGAAAGUUUGCAACUUUGAAGGUAAAAUGAAAAAGUCAUCAAGAGUCUGUCUGCAGUGCAUCCAGGAUUCUAAUUCAGGAUGGUACAUAAUGCAAUUCAGAAAUAUUUUUCUAAUUAAAUACUCAACAUAAGCGGUUAGUGGUUUCAUUUUUGUUUUAGUUUUUUGCUCGUAUUAACUCUAAAAUAGGCCAGAAACAUUCCGACAAAUUUUCAAGAUUUGCUUGCUUCACUUACAGUAGCUCUCAAAAGUCCACAAAACCGUAUUAAAAUGCUUAGUUUGUUCAUUUUAAACUCUUUAAUGUAUCACUUAAAAGCUAUUCCCACACGAAGUGCAAAAUAUCCUGCUCAAUUUAUGUAGAAACCAAAAUAUUAUGUGAGUAAAUAGUAUAAAAAAACAACAAAAAACCCAGCAAUAAUCUGGUUGCGUAAAUGUGCACACCCUAAAACUUUUGGUUCAGUUAAUUAUAGUGAAACUAAAAUAAAGUCAUGCUAGUUCUUCUGACAUUAGCCCAUUUUCAUCCUUUAGCUAAAGCCACAGUUUGCAGAGAGGUUACAAAGCAUCAAAACGAUUUUAUUGUACAAAGGUAUCAGUCAGGAGAAGAGUAUAAAAAAAGCCACAGUGUUAAAUAUUUGCACACCGUGUCCCUAACUGGCAGAAGAUGUUUUGGUUUGAUGAAACAACCAGGACCAUUUGGAAAGGAGGUCUACAAUAUACGGUUAGUACAAAAAUGGAUUAGCUUGAGGCAAACGUGGUGGCAGCAUCAUGCCUCGAGGUUACUUUUCUUUCUUUGUAAUUGAGUUACAUCUUGGAUUAAUCAGCAAAAAUGUGACUCAAACUUGAAGGAUUGGUUUAAGGUGUUCAAACAAAUGCAACUGGAUUAUUGUGCCUUUUAUUUUUUUUCUUUUACCAGAUUUGUUUUACAGCCAAUUGUACAGUAUUUGUGCCACAUUAACACAUAAACGUUGCAUUUUAACGUGGAUGUGGACGUUUUUAAGAGCCACUGCAGAGUAAAGACAGAAACAGCUGUUAAUGUUCUGUUUUCUGAACAUUAUGGAUUCCUUCAUUUGUAUUUACCAUCAAAAAGAAGAAUGCAGGACCAUUAUUGACCUUAAAGGAAUAACUAUCAAAUUAUCGACAUUGUUUUGAGUAAGUGAUACAUUCCAUCGCUUGAUCAUGUCUGAUGAAAACAGAGAUGAUAGUCGCUAUUUCAGGUCAAAAUAACAGAUUUUUUUUGUUUCAUAAUUAGUUGGAGUUGAAUUUGCAGCUGAAUUUGGCUCCAAAUCCUGAAAAGUAGAUUUUUUUCCCCCUACAAUGUUACAUUACAUUUGGGUGUGUGUUGGCAAAUAUUGGGCCUAUAUCUUAGUUAUACUUCAUGCUACAUUAUGAGUCAAACAUUGGCUAAAUAUGGUAAAACAUUAAUGCCCUCGUGUGGGAAAGAUCACUUAAAUCCCCCUGAAUGCUCAAUGUUGAGCAAAUAGAAGAUUGAAUUGUUAACAAAGCCUUGGUUUUAUUACAGAAGCUUUUAACUGCCAGAGCUAGGAAAUAAAUUCAAGAGCACAGUCUCACUAAACAUUCAUCUAACUCGUCUUAAUGACAUGAAAAUAUGUUUCUUUGACAAAUUACAACUUGCUAAAAGGGCAAAAGGAGGCUCCAACUCUAACUGGUUCUAAAAAGAGAUACGUAAAUAUCUUGUUUAAAUGAGAAAGUUUCUAGUUUUUCAGAGUUUUUUUUUAUCUCGUUACAAGAGUUUUUUGACUUGGCAAGGUGCUGUGCCUGAAUUUAUUUUCUAGCUUUAGCAGUGAAGGUCUUCCGUAUUUUCCAGAUAUCUGAAACCAUGGGAGAAAGUGAUCUGAUGCUUGCUCCCUAUUUUCAAGCUGAUUUCUACAUUUUUUUUUAGGUUUUAAAAAAAACACUAACACCUCAACUUCUUUAAAGCUCAGCUAACUCACCAAGCUAGCUAGCUCAGCUAGCCUAACAUCGCAGCAAACUAACGUUAGCUGCUUUUUAAUAAGUUAUCAGUCUAAGUUUCUUUUCAGACUUGAUCUUUAAAUUUAUUUGUUAUAAUGCAUUUUAUCUGUAUUGCUAAAAGCUUUUGGAAAGUAUGUUGGCCACAAAUUUGCAAAGUAUGCUAGCUUACUAACCUGCUAAAGCAGUGCUAACAUUCAGCUAACGGUUAGUUUAGGAUAGCAUUCAUCUUUUAGCUGAAGUUUUAGUCGGACUGCCUUAGUUAGCAGACUUUAUGUUAAAAUAAGUUGUAAGCAUAACUGAAAAUUUGAUUUUUAUAUAUUAAGACAUUAAUUAAUGUCUAAGGGUCAUUACUGUAGCAGCUAAAUCAAAUGGGUUUUACUGUAAUUGUUCACUUUUUGCCAAAAAUCUGACUUGUGAAGACACUAAAACUACCAAAAUGGCCCCUGUUAAGGCCACCAGGGUGUAUUUAAAUCUGGGUGCCAUUUGUUAUGUAAUUCUACUUCCUGAUUACACAGAAAACUAGACGGAGCACUGUAAAAAUAAAAACAUAAACAUAAGGACUGGAUGUAAAUGUUGACAAUACUUGCAUGUUUGCUGACUGUGUUUAAACACUAAUGUACACUACAUAGUUAUUGAAAAGCAGUUAUAAGUGAACACAUGUCUAUUUGGCAGCCAUUUUUAAAUUCAAAAUGGCAGCUAUAAUGGCAUCAAAGGCCAGAAGUGAAAAAAGUAUGCACAUAAGUUAAAUAUGUACUAAUUUCUUCUAAAGAUAAGUGAUCCAAUGAUUUAAAUAUUUUAUUAAAUAAAAACAAUGAAAUGCUGAACACGUUCAUUAAGCUAAUUUAAUGAAUGUAUAAAUAUUACAGCAUUUAUUCUUUUUUCUAGUCAUUUUUAGUAAAAAAAAUUCCACCAUUGAGUACACAAAUAAGUUGUGACAAAUACUUAUUUAAAUAAUUUAAGUAUGGAAAUCCAUACAUCAACAAAUACUGAAAUAAUUGUUUUUACAUUAUAAUUUCAGAUUUUAAUUUUCCACAUUUAAUUAUUUGUUUUAAUAAAUUGAAACAUUUAAGUAAUUACAUAUUGCUUAUUUAAUAUAUUAUAGUUUAAAUUCUUACAAGUGUAAAAGUAAUUUGGCAAAUUUGUGGCACUUUUGGUAAAAGACAAUAAAAUUAUGGGGAUCAAAAUAGAUGUGAAAUUCAGAUUUUGGCUUAAAGUGAGCGAUGUUGAUCUUUACAAGUCUCCACUACAUAAUUAAAUAAAAAUAAAAAAGCUGAAUUUCUACUAAUUAUCAAAAACCUCUGUGAAAUUUGUAGCGCUGUUCAUUCUUUCCAACACAUGCUGACAGGAUCUCGUCUGACGUCAAGCUAAUUAUGGGUGCAGCUUGUUUUGUUUGGCGUCACGAAAGCUCUCCAGUCUGAAAGUCAAACAUUUCGCUCAGAUGAAAUGAAUGGUGGCUGCUUUGAAAAUAUGUUGCAGUAAAAUAAAAGGUUCUCCCUCUGUUUACACUCUAACACUGGACCAAAACGCAUGAUGAAUACGCCGUAAUUCACAUAAUUAUUAUUGUUUUUGUUUACUGUUUUAUCUUUUUUUGCUGUUAAACUACACUGGAAGUUAUAGAAGGCUAUAGAUGAUAUUUGUCUGGUUUUAAAACCAAACAUGGUGGCAGAAAUGUGAUGGUGCGUUCGUGUGACAUAAUCCUAUAAUGCCACUUUUACCAACUUUGGUUAAUAUUGGUUGUACGACGGAGUAUUAGGGCCACACUAAGAAAAGUAACAUUGUGAGUCAUAAUAUUAGGAGAAUGAGGUUGAAAUUAUAUGAGAAUAAAGUUGUAGUAUCAUGAGAAUAGUUACAAUAUUGGGACUUUAUUCUUGUAUUAUUUUAACUUUAUUCACUCGACUUUGUCUUGUAAUUUAUUCUCGUAAAAUGGCUAUACAAACCAUAUUAUGACUUUAUUCUCAUAUUAUUGCGACUUUACUCGUAUUAAUUUGAGUUUCUUGUAAUACUACAACUUUCGUAAAAUGAUUACUUGUAUCAUUUUGAGUUUAAUCUUGUACUUUAUUCUUGUAAUUUGACUUUUUUUGUUUUACUUCGACGUUAUUCUUGUAUUCUACUAAUUAGUAUUAUGACUAUACCCGUAAAAUUAAGACCUUAUUCUCAUAUUAUUGCACCUUUAUUCUCGUAUUAAUUCGUGUUUAUUCUUGUAUUACUAUGGCUUCAUUUUUGUAAUACUACAACUUUCUUGUCAUAUUAUUUUGACUUCAUUCUUAUACAACUUUAUUCUUAUAGUGCGUCUUCAUUCUCGUAACAUUUUGACAUUUUUGUAACAUUUUUACUUUUUUUUGACUUUAUUCUUGUACUUUAUUCCCGUAAUUUGAUUAUUCCCGCAUUAUUUCGACGUUAUUCUCAUAAUAUGACUACCCUAUACCCAUAAUAUUACGAUUUUAUUCUCUUAAUUCGAGUUUAUUCUCGUAAUGCUGCAACUUUGUUGUAGUAUUAUUUUGGCUUCAUUCUCGUGCGACUUCAUUCUCGUAAUAUUAUAAGUUUGUUCUCCUCAUAACUUUAUUUAUUUUCCUUAUCUUCGCCCUGAUUCUCCGUCGUACGGUUGAAAAGUCAGCUCGUCUGUUUUCUUCUUGCAUAUUUUUAUUACUUUGCCUGUUGAUCCCUCUUUAAAUGAAAAUCAGUCCCUGUCGUUGACAUUGUUGCUCCUUUUUUUAAAGCUUAGCUGUUUGUGAGCCCCACGUUUCUGCACGGUGUGCUCUUUUCAUUUUUGGAUUAUUUUGGGGGGAAUAAUCUGGUGCUGUUGUCGUUUGUGCCAAAUCUACAAUCUCUCUUUGAAAGCUGCAACUUGACCAAUAAGCCCCUGGCUCCCUCUAGUGGCUAUAAUGUGAAAAUGCUAUUAAAAAAAUACUGUGGUGCAAAAGCAACGUUUCCUAUUUAUUCAUGUUAUUUAACACUAAGAAGCGGAAGAUGAUUCUGAUCCAGUGCUUGCUAAUGUGAUGUUAUGUAUUCUCUGAAAACCACUGCAGUGUGACGGUUUAUUUUAUUUUUUUGUGGACUCUUGGGAAUGUGGAAAUUCAGUAAAGAUGUCACAAAUGUCUGCUUUAAUUAAAAAAAAUGAAGAAACGUUUCAGUCAUUAGACAUAUCAGAUUAAUUAACCUCACUCUGAGUUGUACCUGACUAUGUGGUACAUGGAAUUUAUAUCCAUAUAUAUAUAUAUUUGAUAAUUUAUUGUGAUUUGUUUAACUUUUAUGAAUCAUUUUUACUUGUUUUUCUUAACACUAUACACUUUCCCCCUCAGUUUUCAAUGUUUCUACCGUAAGAACACAAUUUAUAUCCUGAAUCCUGUCAAACAGAAUGUAAGUAAUUUUUGCUCUUAUUUUUAGUGCUUAAAAUGACUGCUAUGUUAUGCUAUGUUACCUGUGACAUGUCCGUGUCUAACAUUGUACAGCUGUUUGCUGUUAGUCCUGCUGCCUGUCUUCAUUAAAGACGUUUUCUUUUUUUUGUUUUUGA